GGCGCCGUGAAAUGUCGCGACGUUCAGUCUGCCGGCGUCAUUCGUCGAUGUUUCUACUCGUUUUCCACCGUGACUACUUACUUGGACUGUAACUGUGUGUGUGUUCAAUAAUUCACUCUUAUUUUUUCACUGUGAACUUGACUUCUAAUGCAUAAUAUUACACUUCAAGGAACAUUUUUAAAUGUUUACCCUACUGUUUACGGAUCAAAGAUAACACUAAAAAAUUACCGAAAUACCUUUGACGAAUUUUCUAGGUCAAGAUACCUGAAUAAAUAAUAAAAAUUUCUGUCGAAUCUAAACAAUAAUAAUCUAACAAAAAAAAAAAAAAAAAAAAAAAAAAGACAAUGUAUAAUUUAUAAUAAAGUUUAUUAAUAAUGACAAGAUACAAUCUGAAAAAUGGGUGGUUUAAUCGCAAUAAAACAUAAUAACAAGAAGAAUAAAGAACUUUUUAUGAGGACUAGUAUUUGGAAAAGGCGAAACAUAAUGAUGAUUAUCACAAAUUAGUAAGCGAAUGACCGUUUGGAUGGUGAUAUUUGGCUAAUGGCCGUGCCUCUGACAUCGGUAGUGAGUUUAGACAGCGAAUAAACUCACAAAGCGAUGUCUGAACAAGUCGCCGUGGAUUCCCACCGGACAGAGAGACCACUUCCGGGGAAUGGGUUAUCACCGCGAAAGAAGAAAUCAAUAACGACAAUUGAAAAAAUAAAAACCUUUGAAAAUUUAUUUGGAGACGAUGAAAGACAGCAAUCAGCGUCAAGCUCUACGUAUGGAGCUAGAAAGUGAAAGAUCCUCGUCAAAUGAAGAGGUACACCUUAGAAAUGAUUACAGGAGUACUUUUUCCGUUGAUACUGACGAUAUAAUAAGCUAUCUCGAGACAACAUUCAUAAACCAAGUGGUGAUCGAAUAUGACAAUAAUUACAAUAUUAACAUAAAAGAAGACGCCGAGGACAAUGACAACUUGACCGCUCGGGACUUUAUAGGUCCAAAUAUAAUAAUAAACAACAACAACAAUAACAUUAACAGUAACGGCAACAAUAAUGACAACAACAGCAACUUUUUUUCAUCCCUCGUUGUAGUUAAAGGUAUAUUAAUGGUUAUUAUUAUAGUUACGGCACUCUUUGGUAAUGCACUAGUUAUCGCAAGCGUUAGAAGACACCGCAAGCUCCGUGUACCGACAAAUCGGUACGUGGUGAGUCUAGCAGCCGCUGAUUUACUGGUCGCUAUUUGUGCAAUGACAUUUAAUGCCUCGGUUGAGCUAUCGGGAGGAAGAUGGCUUUUCGGGAGAUUUAUGUGCAACGUGUGGAACUCUUUUGAUGUAUACUUCUCAACUGCCUCUAUUCUUCACCUUUGCUGCAUCAGCGUUGAUAGGUACUACGCGAUUGUUCGCCCCCUUGAGUAUCCAGCCAUUAUGAAGAAUAUUGUCGUGACGGCGAUGCUAACUAGUGCUUGGUUACUUCCUGCGUUCAUCAGCUUCAUUCCUAUUUUUUUUGGAUGGUACACCACUCCAGAGCACCUUGAGUAUCUCAAGGAGCAUCCUGAGAUAUGUGUUUUUGUGGUGAACCGCCCAUUUGCACUAAUAAGUUCCUCGGUGUCAUUUUGGCUUCCCGGAUUGGUGAUGAUAAUAAUGUACUGUAAAAUAUACAAAGAAGCAGUGAGACAAAGAGAAGCCCUUAGCCGAGCUUCCAGCAACACCGUGCUCAAUAGUGUUCAUUUACACCGUGUGUCAACCUCCCGACACCGAUCGAGAACUUCUCACCAGCUUCUCCUCCAGCCUACCGAGGAGUUUCGGGUGAACGGCGGGACCUGGUGCAACACAGCAGCUAUCGAGCUAAAUUCCGACAAUGGUACGACAAUACGCCAGCAAACAAAAAGUUGGCGAGCUGAACACAAAGCCGCAAGGACUUUGGGAAUUAUUAUGGGGGCAUUUCUUCUUUGCUGGCUUCCCUUUUUUAUCUGGUACUUGACAACAGCACUGUGCGGUGAAGCAUGCGACUGUCCUGACGCAGUGGUUUCAGUUCUUUUUUGGAUCGGGUACUUCAACAGUGCAUUAAAUCCUCUAAUAUAUGCAUACUUUAACCGUGACUUUCGGGAUGCGUACAAGGAUACUCUGAAAAGUGCAUUGCCAUGUUGUGCUAGCUGUUGGAAAACGCCCUCAGACUUUCUAUAGCCCGAACAGCACUCGCGCUCGCGCGGAAUGACUUUGUAUUCGGUGCAAUUGCAAACAUACAAUAACAAUAACGACAACAAUUAAUUGCGCUGAUAAUAUUGUUAUAUACAUAUAAAAUGUCACAAACGCAAGGCUGCUUUAUUAAAUAAAAAAUAAAAAUCUAAGAUAUAAAAGGAUAAGUAACUAACUCCAUUAUAAAUAAUAAUAAUACGAUUGAGAGAACAACCAUCGUCAAUAGUUUAAUGUUUUAAGCUUUUAUAAUUGUGUUAAUGAUGAUGAUACUAGUUGAGUAAUUAGUUUUUAAUUAUUUAUUAACCAAAGCGGUAUCGAAUUAGCCAAAAGUUUACGCUUUUAUAUACAGCACGUAUGAAAUAUACACUAUUUAAUUAAAAAAGGAUGGUUUAAUUUAAUUCGGGUUGUCCCGAAACAAGGGAAGAAAGGAUAGAUUAGAGAAAAUAUGUGAUGAUGAUGAUAAUUAAUAAUUAUGUUGGCGGUGACUAAAUACUUCAUAUCAAGACGUUAGAUAAAUUUAUUGAAGAAAUUAUAUAUGAUAUAUGAUAUUAUUGAGCUAGAAAAUAAUCGCUAAUAAUAAUGUAAGAAUGUAAGAAUAUAUAUUACUGAAUAAUGAAAAUGUAAAAAGUAACAUAAAAGCAAUAAUGUUAAAUGUAUAUAAAAUUAUUACCGAUGAAGAUAAUGAUCGUACUGGCCUACAAUGAUAUUGUUAUUUUCUUUAUUUCUUAUUUAUAUUAAUUGUUCUUCAGCUCUGCAAACUUGGCAAGUAAUGUAAAUAAAAUACUAUGUAAAUGUUUUAAAUAAAUGUCAUAAAAAGUA